AUGCGCAGCCAGUACGCAGGUCAUGAGAUACUGGUAGAUGAGAACAGGAAACAGUUGACAGCGAAGGACACAUACACCUGGACAGACGGCUUGAGGAGGAGAGACUGGCAUGAUAACGAGAGCAUCAGGAGAGACGAACUGCGUGUCGGGAAAGGGGAGCACGGCAAGCCCUACCCUCUGGCUGAGGAUGAGUGUGACGACUCGGUUUACAAGGAGAACGGCUUCAACAUCUACGUUAGUAACAACAUCGCCCUGGACCGCUCUCUACCAGACAUCAGACAUCCAAACUGCAAGACAAAGCUGUACCUGGAGAACCUUCCCAACACCAGCAUCAUCAUCCCCUUCCACAACGAGGGCUGGUCGUCCCUGCUGAGGACCAUCCACAGCAUCUCCUACCGCACCCCAGACCACCUCAUCGCUGAGAUCAUACUGGUGGACGACUACAGUGACAGAGAGCACCUGAAGGGCCGUCUGGAGGAGUACAUGGCCCGGUUCCCCAAGGUGCGCAUCGUUCGGACCAAGAAGAGGGAGGGUCUGAUCCGUACCCGUCUGCUGGGGGCCUCGGUGGCCAAGGGAGAAGUCCUCACCUUCUUGGACUCUCACUGUGAGGCCAACGUCAACUGGCUGCCCCCCCUGCUUGACCAGAUUGCCCAGAACCCCAAGACCAUCGUGUGCCCUAUGAUUGACGUGAUCGACCAUAACCACUUUGGAUAUGAAGCCCAGGCUGGGGACGCCAUGAGGGGAGCCUUCGACUGGGAGAUGUACUACAAACGCAUCCCCAUCCCUCCAGAGCUCCAGGGCCCCGACACAAGUGAUCCCUAUGAGUCUCCAGUGAUGGCCGGAGGUCUCUUUGCCGUCAACCGUCAGUGGUUCUGGGAGCUGGGUGGCUACGACACUGGCUUGGAAAUAUGGGGCGGAGAGCAGUACGAGAUAUCGUUCAAG